GACUAGUUGUAGCGCCACCAUUAAGUCUGGUAUAGUACUUUAUGUGAAUGAUUUGUGCCAAGAGAACGCAACUAUCUACCAACAUACAUACACGGGGUGCAAUUUCCCUAUCUUCUAGUCUUCUACUACCAUUGAUGUAGAACAGUCAUUCGGAAGUGAUUGGAUAACCUAGUAUGUCACCUUUGAUUUGACUCAUACUGUUGUCAUUCUUUACUACAGCGAAGACUUCCAAAAGAUUGGCAGGAACCGUUUUCGUUCCAGUUUAUUAUCUUUUGAUCGACAUAGGUCAAACAACAAACUUUUCACAUUCUGCCGAGUUACUGCACCUGAAUAGUUCUUUAAUUUUUCUUACCAUUUGUGAUCUAUAACAUUAGUCAUACGGUCACUGACGAUGUGUCAAAUGAAGUGACAAUAUCAAUCAAUCCUACCAGUAUGGAUGUCUUGAAUAAGCUUCGAAACACAGUGAGCAAUACCAUAAGCAAUACUGUUAAUAGUACAGCGUAUGGUCUUUCGCAGCUAUCUAGUGUCUUGCCGGGUAAUCCUGUAACAAGAGAAUUUGAAGCUACAGCCCACGUCGGAAGCGCUGGACCAGGACUGCUCUGGAAAGUCUAUAGCGGAUACAAAAAAUCGACAAAGCAAGAUGCAGCUAUAUUUGUAUUUGAAAAGCGACAGCUUGAUCGAUGGUCAGGAAAAUUAGAGCGUGAGGCUGUUCUGGAUUCCUUGAGACGUGGUGUAACUCAAAUAACGAAAUUACGCCACCCCCAGGUGUUAAUUGUGCAGCAUCCACUAGAAGAAUCACGCGAUAGUUUAGCUUUUGCAACCGAACCUGUCUUUGCAAGUCUAGCUAAUGCACUAGGACGUCUAGAAAAUGUUUCUCAACCAAUUCCACCAUCUCUCAGAGAAUAUAAGUUACUCGAUGUUGAAAUUCGGUAUGGGUUGAUGCAGCUUGGUGAGGGCAUAGCCUUUCUUCACACUGACGUCAAGCUCUUGCACAGAAAUAUUUGCCCCGAGUCUAUCGUUAUUAAUAGCAAUGGAGCAUGGAAAAUAUUUGGAUUUGACUUCUGUGCAAUAAAUCAGAGCCCAAAUGAUAAACUGCCAUCAUGGACAUAUACUGAUUAUGACCCAACGAUACCAAGCGUAGCCCAGCCAUCAUUAGACUACUUAGCUCCAGAAUGUGCGAUUGCUGGUAGCUGUGGACCGGCUAGUGAUAUAUUUUCAUUGGGAAUGCUAGUGUAUAUGUUGAAUUCACCUGGAAAUCGCCCACUGAAUGAAUGUCACAGCGAUCCAGCCAAAUGUAGACGUUUUUUGGGGGACUUGAAAAAUUGCCUCACUCCAUCGAAACUGAGUGCUAUUCCUGAAGGUCUGAGAGAUAUCACAAAACUUAUGCUAAGUAAUAACCCGGAAUUAAGACCAGAUGCUCAUCAGUUCAUCAAAAUCGAUUACUUCACUGAUAUUGGAGUCAGAACAUUGAAUUACUUGGACAAGCUCUUUCAAUGGGACAAUCUACAAAAAUCACAAUUUUACAAAGGAUUACCAAAAGUUAUACAGCAACUUCCACACAGGGUAGCCUUGCACCGAGUAUUACCUGCUCUUUACAAGGAAUUUGUUAAUGCUCCAAUGGUACCCUUUGUUCUGCCAAGUGUAUUACAAGUCUCUGAAAAUGGAACUCCAGAAGAAUUCAGAACGCAUAUUCUGCCCAAUUUGAGACCUGUUUUGGCACUGGAGGAUCCUCCACAAAUCAGCUUGGUUUUACUACAGCGUGUGGAUUUACUAUUGAAACUUUGUCCUGCCGAUGCAAUCAGAAAUGAUAUCUUGCCUCUUCUAACUCGAGCGCUUGAUUCCGACUGGGAACAGACGCAAGAGCUUUGUCUUGCAGCACUUCCCUCUAUAGCGAAUUUGAUAGAUGGACCUUCCAUGAAAAACGCCAUUCUACCACGAGUAAAGAGAUUGUGUUUAGCAAAAAAAAGUGGCACUGGUAGUUUGGGUAUAAGAGUAAAUUGUCUCUUAUGCCUUGCUAAAAUGUUGGAUCACUUGGACAAGUGGUUGAUUCUAGAUCAAAUUCUGCCAUUUCUUCAAGAAGUUCCUCAUUCUGGUGAACCUGCAGUUCUCAUGGCGAUUAUAGGUAUUUAUAAACUGGUACUGACGCAUAGUAAGUUGGGCAUGACUAAAGAAAUGCUAGCAACGAAAGUCCUGCCCUUUUUGCUACCAUUCUGCGUUGAACCAGGACUUAGCCCAUCACAAUUUGAAACACUCGCCUCGCUUGUGGGGGAUAUGGUAACACGAGUUACUUCAGAGCAUCGCGAAGCUUUGCACCAACUCGAUGCCGUAAGACGAGAAGCACAACAGUUUGACCAAGCUUUAGCCCAAACUGGGAAGCCGACCACUAUAGAUCUUGACAACGCUUUCUCUGGAAUCGAACUGGCAGCACCGCCCACUGCAGUUAGAACAAACAAUGACACAAAGAUCCUUACACUCCAAGAAAAACAAAAACUAGCACAGCAACAGGAGGCUCACCAUAGACUUCAAUCUCAGGCUCCCAUGGCACCCAAACUAAUUUCUCAGCCUGUAAAGCCUACGCCGAAAGACCUGACAGAUACGCUAUUGCAAAAUAAUUUGAACCAGUUAAACAAACCUUUACCCAAAUCAAUGAGUUCAGAAUGUGCAUCCUGGUCGAAUACGCGCACAUUAAAUAAUAUGCAGAACCAAAUGGGGACUGGAAUGACUAACAGUCAAACACAGUGGGGUGGCUUAGCAAUCACAGCUGGACCGCCAUCUGAUCAGUAUUCUGCAUCAGGUUGGGGAACGAAUGGCUUGAACUCCAAUAUGAAUUGGGGAUCUCAGCAAUCCACUCCAAAUUGGAAUCAGACUAGAGCUACCCAAAAUGUUGGCCAGAAUUGGAGUGCAUCUGGAAACUCUGGGAUAAAACCACAGUGGAGACCUGAGGGAACGAUACAGGGCAUGUCGCAGCCCCUGGUAUCGCCGUCACAGGCUACACCAAAUUUAACCACUCAAGACAUCAUGGAUCUACUUAGCUAGUAUAAACCACCUGUUAGAUAAAAUUUCAGAUCUGGCAUAACUGGGACAAAGUGAUACCUGGAAAUUGCUUGGGCGGAACUAGUCUAUGAAAUUCAUGACUGGCACAAAAAAGCUUGAUAAGACACUUCAAAUGUAAUAGGGGUAUGUUAACUUUGAUGUUGAAGACUAUGUUUCGUGCGUUUUCUUUUUAACAGAAAAUGCGGCGAAAAGAGUUGAAAAAAUCUGAUGCAUUAGGUGAAAGUCUUUAUGCUUUCGGCUUGGAUGGAUCUCGUAUUGUCCGCGUCCUGGAGGAGUGGAAGGGUCAAAGAAUCGUAUCAUAAUGUAUCGUACUGAUUGUUAUUCCAUAUUUGAUGAAUAUCUUAUGCGACACAAAAGAUUGAGUCGUAUCCACCAGAAUAAUUAUUCCAGUAAAUUUGUCUAUCUUAUUAUAAGAUUAUUGUAUCGCUAGUUGAUUCGAAAGUAAUUGUGUCUCGAACCUCACAAAUCUUCAUAUCAAGCACACACAGCAUGAAUUCAUUGUAUAAACUAAUCAAUUAUGUCCAAUUAUAGCAGGGGUGAAAAGGCCAUUACAAAAACUUAGCGAAAAACUGAAUUUAAUGAACAAAACAUUUUAAUAACGUUGUUUCUGAAUCUAUUAUACCCAUUUAUGUUUAGCUUCUAUUAUAUCCAUUCAUCAAUUUUUACUGUUGCAUAUCCAUGAUCAUCAGUUCAUUUUGCGGAAUAGAUUUUUUCUGCGCCAUGUAGUAAUAAAGUGAUUUAUAGCAGGUGAUAUAUUUCAAUAACAUCGCUUUUUUAACAUGAAAAUUGGAAAUAUUUAACAAACCUAGAUUAAAUAAGUUAUCCAUACCUUUUAAGAUAAAUUAUUUUUCAACCUUAUUAGAAACGUAACUAAAAAAAAAUUGAGUAUAUGGCAAACCUACAUAGACAUGAGUACCCUGUUUCAAUAAUAGAUGGCUCCCAAAUGUCUUUGGCAAUCCUUUCAGUCAUUCAUAAUUAAUAGAUCAGUACGCAAAUGUUAAUAACCGUUGACAAUAUAAUCAUUCCUUUGCGCUCACAGAUUGAUACAGAUCAGACUAUCACGUUUUGCGAAUUACAUUAAAUCGCAUGUUGUUCGCGAUCACCGCCCAUGAAUCACAUUUGGCGUUGACUGAAGAUUAGUACCAAUAACAAUUAGUACCAAUCAUCAAUCAACGCAUUUGGUGAUGCAAAAACAAAGGGAUGCAGCUGAAACGAACUCGAAUAAUUAGUUUUGAGACGGCUCGUUUCAGUAAUUUUGAGGUGACAUUAUUAAGCUCGAUUAUAGUCAUGCUUGUUACUGGGGUUUUCUUAGAAAAAUUGUCGGUUUCUAUACAAUUGUAAACGAUUUGAGAAAUAUACAUAAUACAUUGCA